AUGACAUCGACGUCCUCAUCCAAAGAAAAGGGUGGAUCUAAGAAGGUGCUUCCUGUGCGCCUCGUACAACAAGCCCUCAUUGUUCUUAUCCAGCAUCAUUGUGUUCUGCAUUCACGCCCAGCCAAUGACUCGGUCAUGAGUGGCGAAGAGUAUUUUGAAAUUCACACAGACGAAGUCUUGUGUCGACUGCGAUUUGGAACAUACUUGUAUCUCGCUAAAGAAUGGGGUGGGAAAGAUGCACAGGACAUUGUUCGACUCCUCUUAUACCAUGGGCAGAUGCGAGCUGGUGAUGUGAUUGAUACACUUGCAUGCACAAGCAGUACACCAUCACAUGCUUUUGGCGAUUUGUCCACGUCCCAGCAUGCAGGUCUCGAUGCGCAGCGCGCUGCAGAAAUCCGGGCUCGGCUUGUCAGAAUGCUUCAAGAGUCGCUGGUCCGUCCUAGCACUCCUAUCCAGCACGUGUCGCCCCAAGACCGGCAACUCGCUCUCGAACUCAUGUUAAGAAAGUCGCGAAAGGGUAUUCCGACGACAAAAUCGCUACGAGAAAUCAAGGGAAAAGUUGCAUCAAUUAUCCAUGAAGAGGACCGCCGGGAUUGGGAAGGCGCUACAGACAAUGCUGACGAUCUGCGACUCGGUCUCAUCCAUAAGCCUACAAGUGAUCCUAGCCGAGACAAGCGCGCGAAACGUCGAUCUAAUACAGACGUAAGCGCCGCCCGCGACACUGUGGAUAUUGACCCUGAGGUCUGGCUUCGCGUGCACUAUGAUUUUUUCCACAUUCGCAUGCGGAAUACGAUUAUCACUCGUGCUGUGUCAAACAAGUACAAUGCUGUGACGGGUGACGUAAUGCGCUACAUGCUCGAUGCCGAUCGACCAGGGAUCGCGCCAUGUGAAAGAGACGAACGUUCACGGCCUAUUUCUGUCACAGCACUUGCACAUCGAAUCCCCUCAGAUGCACGAAUUCAACGAGGUUUGGAUCGGCGUUCAAUCAUGGGACACAACGAGUCGUCCAACAAGACGAGCACCCCAUCAACAUCCGAGCUGGUUGCUGAAUAUGUUGCAAUUCUAUCCUGCAAUGACAGCAUUUCGUCAACGGUUCGCCGAACACGUUUCUUGGCUCCAUGCAGCUCAGGUACUAUGACCAGUGCUGGUGGCGGCACGCGUGUGUCGACGACAUUUUCUGUCGAAUAUGUCAACAUCGUUGAGCGAAUACAGCUGCGCAUGAUUCGUGAUGUGGUAGUCGAGCGUUUUGGUUCGAUGGCCGGUCGUAUCUUCACGAUCCUCGUGGAAAAGGGCAAACUUGAAGAAAAACACAUAUCAAAGGUUGGACUCAUUUCCAUGAGCGAGACAAGAGAUAUAUGCUCGCGUCUCUUUGCUGCAUCAAUUUUGAGUCUACAAGAGGUUCCUAAAAGCAAUGAACGAAAUCCACAGCGCACAUUCUUUCUGUGGUUUGUGGAUGUGUUGAAGUGCAAAUCAUGGCUCCUUGAUCAGUUGUACAAGACCCUCGUUCAACUUAGCCGUCGCAGGCUUUACGAGCAGUCGCAACGCACCUUGCUUCUCCAAAAGUCUGAGCGUACAGAUGUUCGUGAAGAUGCCGUUGGCUUGCUCACCGGUUGGGAGCGCAAAGAACUCGCCUCUUUGCAAUCCGUCCAAGAAGCCAUCACUGUGGCCGAGACGCGGGUUGUACGAGAUGUUUUUCUAUUGCAGCAUUUCUCCACAUAA